AUGAAGCCAAUUACUGCUCGUGGCAGGCCUGAAUCCCCUAACGACUCACAACAAGCUUCAAAUGAACAGCAAGGAUGGAGCAUGGCUUCAUUAACGAAUGGCAAUUUCUUCGAACAUUCGCACCAUCCUGUGUCUUUUGAGCUUGAUUUGUCGGGGAAUUUUCAGUAUGUUAGUGACAACUCGCCUGAUUUACUUAAUGUUCCUCAGGACCAAGUUGUUGGUCAUUCCGUGAAGGACUUUCUGGGUAAAACCGGAUUAGAAGCGUUUGUUAAAGCCGCAAAAUGUUUGUUAGAAGAUGAUUCCCAUAGCUACCAUAUUCGACUGAAACAUCCUUCGAAGAAUUCUCUUACACAGCAUUCUCAUGCCCCUAACCACACUUCUCCUCUCACCUACGAAGACAAUGAUAUUCCUCUUGAGCAAUUUGAUGCUGUUGGUAUUUUAAUCCGGAACUGCCAUACAAAUACGCCCGACCAUACAAUGUGGGUUGCUCAUCCUGUCAAUAAUAGUACAGUCGAUUCAAAAUCUUUUGCACAUAAUAUUUUGGAAGUCAUUGGUCUCAGUUCUGGUCUUCUAGACCAGUAUUUAUCUUCCUUGCGCGAAUCUUUCUACAAAACCGGUAAUUUACAGUUUUUACCUCAUCCUCGGCCGGAGUUUUGUCAAAUAUGUGAAAGAAAUAUUCAAUCAUGGUUCUUUGAAGUUCAUUCUAAGCUUUGUUUAAUCACCAGCACAUUUGAAUCUAUUGUGCAAUCUGCUCAAGAUUCGCUGCUCUAUUUUCGCUCUACCUUACUGCAGAUUCAAGAUCAAUUACUUGAAAAACCUUAUUUAAUUCCGCUAUACAAAGAUGAAGCGUUGAUAUUGUAUCCCAACUACGACACGUCAUCUUUAUCAGUUCCUAAGGAUAUAAAAAAGGAGUCCUCUGUUUCCCUCUUGUCUGCCUUUUUAAACCAGAUCACAUACUAUUUGAAUUUGGUCAUAGGCAUAAGCAUACCUCCUGUCAAAGUCAUUGUAAAUUUCGAUAACGUGGAUUCUCUUCGAUUACAGUCCCCAAUAUCAGAAGUAUCUAUAGAUGAAUUGCAAAACUUCACACCAUCUCUUCAAAAUUGCUCACAGGCAGUCAUCAACCUUUGGAGAGAUUUAAGAACUGCAUUCGAUACUAAAGUUAUUGGAAUAACCCGAUUGAAAAACGCUGUAUAUUAUUCUGAGCGAAUUCGAUUGGAAGUGGAUUAUCAUGUUCAAGAAGUGAUUGAUAACGUUGUUUCUGAAUUGUUAUCUUUUCAAAACUCACAAUACGUUGAGGGCUUAACUUUAGACGCUCCUUCAGUAUCUCUUCCAGGAACUGUUGAAAAUACUGUCAAAGUAAUGAACCCACAGUUUAAACAGGAUAACGACUUUCUACCUGAUUCGGACUCGAAUUCUGAUCUCUCUAGGUCUUCCUCAUGUUCUCUGCUUACGCAAUCCCAUCCAUAUUGCUUAAGCAAUGGCUCCGAUUGUGGCUCUGCUCAAAUGAAUGAAUUUCCUGACAUGCAGUUAUCUUUACAGCGUCUUAAGGUGACCGAUCCAUGCUGUUCCGAUCAUAAGUCUGAGAAUUCGAGAUUUUUAUCCCCAAAUUCCAGUCCUCGGUUCUUAGCUUCUGAUGCUUCAGUACACGGUUUAUCGUUGAAUGCUCGUACAUCACUGAAUUCACGUGGACGGUCAAAGAAUCUAUCUGAAAAAGAUUUACGACUUCCGUCUCCAUCUCCUCGUGUACAUACAAUUCUGCCCUCAGCUGCCCAUAGUAAUCCUUCAAUUAAUGAUUAUAAGAUUUUAAAGCCAAUUAGCAAAGGUGCGUUUGGGUCUGUCUACCUGGCACAGAAAAGAACUACUGGUGAUUACUUUGCAGUCAAAAUCUUAAAAAAGUCGGACAUGAUUGCUAAAAAUCAAGUAGUAAAUGUACGGGCUGAACGUGCAAUAUUGAUGGCUCAAGGAGAAAUCCCUUUUGUCGCCAAAUUGUAUUAUACAUUCCAGUCUAGAGAUUAUCUUUAUCUUGUUAUGGAAUAUUUGAAUGGAGGGGAUUGUGGAUCACUUUUGAAAACAAUGGGGAUCCUGGAACUUGAUUGGAUUCACAAGUAUUUAGCUGAAAUUGUUUUGUGCUUGGGCGCUCUACACAACAGAGAAAUUGUUCAUCGUGAUAUCAAACCCGACAAUCUGUUAAUUGCUCAGUCGGGUCACCUCAAACUGACAGAUUUUGGAUUAAGCAGAGUAGGUUAUCUGAAGAGACAAAACAGAAGUGAUAGUGAGUCGAGCUUUGCACCUAACUUAGCGGAAUGUCCGGGUUCUUUGUCGGAUCUUUCAUUGAGUACUGCUUCAUCUUAUAUAGACACGCAUUCUGCAGGUACUGUGGAUUCAACUAAAAGGCCUACGCUCAAUGAAAGAUUACUAUCAUUAGAUGGAACGAGUAUUAGGCUUGCUUCUCAAAGCUUUAGCCUUGAAAAUGGGCCGGAAGAACUACUGGCUGCUAGAAAGUCUAAUAAUGCCGUUAGCAAUGAUAAAAAUCGAGCUCAAGCUAUAGAUUCACCAAAAACCCAGCCAUUCCUUGAAAAUCGUGAUUCGUUCAAGAGAUUUAUUGGAACUCCAGAUUACAUUGCCCCUGAAGUUAUUUUAGGUAAUCCUGGGAUCAAGGCAAGUGACUGGUGGUCUGUGGGCUGCGUUUUGUUUGAGUUCCUUUUUGGGUAUCCGCCUUUUAAUGCAGAUACCCCGACUGAGAUUUUCAAAAACAUUCUCGCGCGAAAAAUUGCAUGGCCUGAUAAUACUAACUUCCUUGACUUAGGCGAUGCUGUAGAUUUAAUUAACAGAUUGUUAUGUAUGGAACCAUCUGAAAGACUGGGAGCUAAAGGAGUGGAAGAAGUUAAAUCGCAUCCUUUUUUUAGGGGCGUUAGUUGGGACAACGUAGUGAACGAGGAACCUCCGUUUGUUCCAAAGCCUUUCGCUCCUGAUGAUACAAUAUAUUUUGAUCCCAGAGGGUUGGAUGAGUUUGAUUAUAAUAAUCACUACACAGAACUUUCUGAACAUAUUCCUCUUAAAGAACCUGAGCCUGAAAGUGUCGCUUCUUCAGUUCCUCAGCAUCUUAAACCUGGCGCAAGGAUGAAUCGAAUUAGAAGCAAUACCAUAGAUUCACCGCCAGAAUUUGGAAGCUUCAGUUAUCGCAAUUUGGAUGUUUUGGACAAGGCGAAUCGAAGCACCAUACAGAAGCUUAAGAAAGAGCGUGAGAGUCAGACAUCCAAAGACCACGUGGAAGAUGUUAACGACUGCAUGGCUAAUCGCACUCCAGAUUCUUUUCUGAGUGCACAUACAUCUCGACGCGCGUCGGUUGCUGGCAUGGAAACACCUGUGGGAGCUCAGUCGAGGAGCGAGUUUUCUUUAGAUACGAAUUCUACAGAAAGCGCUAAGAAAUUGGAUCAUAAAAAAUUGGUCGCUUAUUUUACUAGUCUUCAGCUCAAUGAACAGGAAGAUCCCUAG